UGAACAGCGCACCACGCGAGCUCUCCGCGUGUGAUUCCGAAAUCGUUGUGGUCCUACCGAGAAAAGUUUACAAUAACGAAAGCGCUUCCGUCUAUCCGGUUUAGUUACCUGGAAUUUCAUUGAGUAGAAACCUACCAAAGUUCUUAGGCAAUAUGCCCCACUAAGCUGCUUGAAAGUGAAAUAACAAAUAGUGUCUAGACCACGGUGUGUGUACGUUUAGCGACAUCGAAUUAUUUGUGUGAUUGACGGUGGGAAAGAAGAACAAAUAUUAGCCGGGUUCGUUGCCGGUUUUUGGUGCGACUCCACGGACCAGGCGACCAGGUUGGAAUCACUUUCUUCGUUGUGAAAAGUCAAACAAGAAGUACUGGAAAAGUGAAACUGGUGAUUGCUUUGCGUUGUUUGUACUGAUGUGUGGUAAUAAUUUGGCAAAGAAAUUUACGGGUGACAUGCUCUAGGCUUGACUGUUGACCACGGAGUGGAACUAUUCAAAAUUUAGCUAAGACUUACAUUGUAUAUGAAAAUGUACAACCAAAACGAAAGCAUACCGUUUUAUGACAUCUUCGGUUACUACGAAUGGACUCUCACACUGGCAGAUCCUCGAACGAAAGGAUGGCUGCUAGUGGAUUCACCUGUGCCGACCCUGCUUUGUGUAUGUGUCUACCUUUUUGUGGUUCGAAUUGGUCCCAAAUUAAUGCAAGACCGUAAACCUUUCGACCUUAACUCGAUAUUGAUACCAUACAACCUUGUGAUGGCGUUGCUCAAUUUGUACAUUUGUGUUCAAUUGUUCAUUGGUUCGGUGCAGUUACGGUACAGCUAUAUUUGUGAGCCGUGCAGGCAGAGUUUUUCUGCUCCUGAGAUGAGGAUUGUAGGAGCAGUGUGGUGGUACUAUUUCUCCAAAGUGCUAGAGUUCGCAGAUACGUUGUUCUUUAUUCUUCGUAAAAAAGACAAUCAAUUGUCAUUCCUUCAUGUGUAUCAUCACAGCACCAUGUUCUCUUUCUGGUGGAUUGGCGUGAAAUGGGUACCCAGUGGUAGUACCUUUUUACCCGCUAUGGUUAACUCGUUCAUACACGUUCUUAUGUAUACGUACUACGGAGUAUCUGCCCUAGGUCCGCACAUGAAUAAAUAUCUGUGGUGGAAAAAGUACCUGACCAUGCUGCAAUUGAUUCAGUUUACCUUCGCAAUGCUGCUCGGAGUUAACGGUAUCGUUACCGGAUGUGAGUUCCCCCUGUGGAUGCACUAUACGCUCAUCGGAUAUAUGAUUUCCUUCAUCGUCCUAUUCGGUAAUUUCUACGCUCAGGCCUACCUUAAGGGACAUUCCAUCAAACAGUUCGAAAUCAAUGCCAACUGUUUGGAUCUUAAAUCGAGGAACAAAGAUGAGUAGUGUCGGUAUUAAAAAAAAACAUUCAAAAUAGUGACUUAACUUAUACGAGAUAGGCUAUAAAUAUAGAUUUGAAAGCGUAUUCCAAAUGACAAUACACGAGUUAUGAGAAAAGCAAAGAGUGUAGGUUUAUGUUAUACAAAAUAAAACGAUUCACAUGGAAA